AUGCGACGUCCUAUCCUAGAUCAGCAAUAUGCUGUCAAACGUCAGGCCAGAGGUCUCUGCCCGCAUUCAGCGCAUCGACCGGGAACUAUCCAGCCGAUUAUCGACCAAAAGUUUACAAUGAUCGCCCGUCCUCCGUUCCAAGGUUGCCUCAACCCGCAAUCCUCUGUCCAUUGCCUCCAAAUCCCCCGUUUGAAUUCGAAUUCAUAUCCCCCACGAAAAGCCAUGAAGCUCAGCCUACUCGCUGCUAUUGCCAUCUUCGGCGUUGCUCUCGCACAAAAAGGGAUCCCUAACGGACGCCCGUGCAAGAAGGAUGGAAGCAUGGGAAAUUGCGACAGUGGAUUCUGCCUGCAAAUCCAGGGCGAAAGCCAGGGAAAGUGUGAGGAAGCGAAGUAG